AUGCUCCCGGAAAUCCUACAAAGCACCGUUCGAAAAGCCUUUAACGAUCCGCUUGUCACCUCUAUUGAGGCACGCGCUGAAGCGGUCCUCAAGAUCGAAGGCCGUCCCUACGAUGAGAAGACCAAAGCUCAAUACGUCGACUACAUCUUGCAGUAUCUGACCCGAGGAGGCAAGAUAGCAGCUAUCGAUCGGGCACUUCGCUCGCCCAGCGACUAUCCGCUUUCUAGUUCCACAGAACGGGCCGACCUAGUUGGCGCUGCCGCUGUAGGUAGCCUGGCGGUGGUGAAGGAUCUUCUCGAGGAGAACGAAUCAGACUGGCCCUCAUGGCCAUACUUCCGACAGCAUGCGACCAACGACAACGUCUACAUAGAUCCUCUUCGAGCAGCAGCGUCUAAUGGACACAUCGAAGUCGUACGGCAUCUACUCAAGGCGCUUAAAGACUUCGGAGGUGCAGAAAAGUGGACCGACACUUUCAAGCACAGAUUCCAAUGCAUCCUUACCGCGGCUAUCCAGUCCAAGCACCGCCAAACUAUCCUUGCGUUGGCAGUAGUCGCCAGGAAGAAUGGAGUCUGUGACUCCAGCUUGACUCACAGCACGGGUCUAACCUGUGCUGAAGAAUGGGUCAGGACUGCUGUCAAGACCGGCUGCAUGGAUACUUUUCAAACAACUAUGGCGGUAGUUGGGAGUACUACCCCCAUAUCCGCGAAGAACCUUGUGGCAUAUGCGAUGCUCUUCGCGUGCGAAUACGGCCAAGUGGAUAUCCUUCGUCAUCUCAUCGCCCAUAACCCCACCUGCUUUCAGCGGGAGGGUCCCGUAGCGGGUUCGGACAUAGCCCGUCGGUACAAGACUAGAGUCGAACAGACUUUGGGCCUAUCAUGCAUGCAAACAGCAGCCCAGUACCUCCAACGACGCAUCAUCGAUGUACUCCUCGAACACGGCGUUUCCAUCAACGCAGGCUCUCCAAUCAUACGCGCCAUCGAGUUCGAAAACAUAUCUAUUGUUAAGUACAUGCUCGACCACGGCGCGGAGUACAAUCGGCAUAUACAUAAGGAAUGUCUUAUGCAGCUGGGUCAUGGAGCCAAUAGAAGCUUGAGCGAGUUCAAGGAGACCGACAUGUUGCCUGUUGUUCUCUAUCUCGUGGCUAAACAUAUGGGGAAGCCACGAUACUCGUUUCGGAAGAGCGGGGUGGAACAACGCCUUAUGAGCUUUGUUGAAGACAUUGAGGGUAGCGGGUUUUGGAGGGGAAAGGUUGAGGCGAUACUGGGGAAGGAGAUAUUCAAUGAGCUGAGAUGCGUGGAGUAUCAAAGGUUCGUCAUGAAUGACUCGUGGGAGUGCUAUCGGCGGAGAGUAUAG